UGGGAGGGAGUUUGAGCAUAGGGAGAGAAAAACAGGAACAAGGUUGAUAAGACGGUUCCAAAGUUCACCUGCAGCACACCUGGGGAUGGGUGCUCCUCUCCCUAAGCUGGUCAGAGAUGGUUCAGGUCAUGGAUAGGAUACCCUAUGAAGCCCAGAGCCGCUCACCGAUACCCGGAGGAUUGGGACUUGGUCUCUCCUUGUGUCUUCAUUGAUUUUGGACCUGGACCAUUCCUAUUGUUUUCCCUUUGACUGCAGUCGUAUUUACUACACAUCACAUGGUGGGUUCUCCUUGAGGAAAUCAGGACAGUACAGACAGUGGGAACGGGAUUUGAAUCUCACUCUUCUUACUCCUCAAGCCCAAUGGAUAUGUGGCCUAGGAAGGUCAUAGUGCUACUCCUGUACUACUAUGGUUGUUCCGCCAUUGGUGAAGGGAAGCCAUACUUCAUCUCUAGGAAUUUCAACACUGUGCUCCACUGGAACAAGGUCGACAGCCCAGAUGAAGGGGUCCUUUACAGUGUCCAUUACCAAAGACACGGAGAGCCAUACAAGCCGAAGAUUGAGUGCCAGAACAUCACCACUCUUUCUUGUGACCUCACUGCAGAGACACCGUACAUCUAUCAAAAUUCCUACUAUGCUGAGGUUUUCGCCGACAGUCACUCACUAGGCCGUACAGCACUGUUUAAACCUCUGAGAGACACUAUCCUUGGGCCAGCCAAUGUGUCUGUGACACCCACAACGUCAUCUUUAAAAGUGACUGUCACCCUACCGUUAGGACCGGAUAAUAAGACUUCCAUCGAGGAGAUUUUCAAUAGUACCAGCUUUUCCUACCAUUACCCUCCAACCCUCUAUAUCCUCAACAUCACUCAUCCUAGCUGGGCAGCACAGGUCCAUAAAAACACAACUGGAGAGUUUGUCCUCAACCAUCUAAAAAACAACAGCGUAAAGUACUGUGGCUAUGUGGUCUACACCCCGACUAGAGAAAUGUACCGAAAUGCCAGUGAGAGCAGUACAUUCUGUGUGGUAUUACCAGGUGAACACUCGCUGCUGUUUCCCUGGUUCCUCCUCUUAGGGUGUCUGCUACUUGGUUCCUUCCUGCUACCGGUGGUGGUGUGUCGUCACUAUGUGAGAAAGAAGAGUAACAUGCCAGACGCCUUGAAACUGACAACAAGCAACGUCCCUCCUCCAUUGUGGCACCCUCCAGAAGCCAUCACCUUCUCCAUUGCCAAGUCGUAUCAUUACCCUGUAGGGUUCUCCUACGGUGACCUGAAGACUGGUAAACUCCAGAUGGGGCCAAGGUUCACCAGCAGCGGAUCUGGGUCCUAUUCCCCCCAGGACGAACCCUCCUCCAUUGUCCAGCCCAGGCACUGUGACACCUACAUGGGCCAGCAGGGUCCACCUCCAGAGCACUCCAACAACAGCACCCAGUCCUCCACCAACUAUAGCAUGGUCGUAGUGCAGGUGGCUAAUGAAGGUGUGGAGGAAGAAUGCCAUCGCUAUCCAGACAGUGAAGACAACAUCAACUCUCCAUGGUCAUCUGAAUCCAGUGACCACAAACCCAGUUGUGUUCAAGGUGGCCCAGUUUUGUUUUCGCGUGGAGCACCACCUGAGCCGAAACAGUGUGUUGGAGACAGGAAAUCAACAGGGCACCCCCUGGUACUGCCCACAUUGCGGCGUAUUGAUGGCCUACUGCAGUUGUCCACUUUGCUGCUCCAGCCAGAGACACAGAGUGCCAUGGCCAGCAUGGCACUGCCUACCGACGCUGAGGGGCAGCCCCUUUUGAGGGACCUAGACAGCACUGGGCAAGGGGCAUCACUAUUGUCUGAUCUGGUCACCACGGGGGAGACAGAGUAUUUGGACCCUGGUACAGGGAGAGAGGAGGAGAGAACAAUAUACACCCCAAUCUCUCCAAUGUGUUUCAAUAACUCCAAUGACUCACCAUCUCACUCCAUACCUCCCAUCAACCUUGCAGACUGCGAGACCUCAUCAAUGACAUUCUUGUCUGGUUACAAACAACACUGGGUACCCCUUGCCCCUCUAGGGCUAACAGCAGAGGAUAACUUUGGGAUUUCCUCAUAUGCUCCACAACAGGCUUGGAUUGAUCAGGAGGAAGAAGUGGAAAAGGGAGAGGAAGGAGGAGAUGAACGAAUCCGUGAAUUCUUUCUGGGAGGUUGGGUGGUACAAAUUCUUUAGUUCCCCUAAAAUAAUCUUAAGGGCCUGUUCGCUCUGUGCGGGUCCCCAAUGUACGUCAGAGACAAGUUCCGUCUCAGCGAAUCUUCACAAAGUGCAAGGAGAAGUUGGAAGGAGCAGAGAGAGGGUUUUGGCAGCGGUGCAGAGUGGGGCUUUCACGGUCCCUCUCCUGCCUGCUAUGGAGCUUGUGAUUCAGAAACAAGAGCAGGAUCCUACUCCAGUAUCCAGCACACAUGGCCCCCUCAAUGGAGUCCUACUGAAUCAAAGCUAUAAUUUUGGCCCUUUUUUAAACAUGACGUAGGAUCAAGUGUUGUAAAAAUGUAGGAUCAAGGAUAUAAGAUCAAAUGCUGUAAAAUAGAUUUGUGUACAUUAUAUUGUGACGCUCUAUUUCAUUUGCAUACUGUGCAGCAAUAGAACCAGCAAUAGAAUAGAACCAGCAAUAGGCUAGUUCUACCAAUAUAUGUGUGCACACAUACACACAUCUUAAAUGUACACUAACAUGUUCAUUUAAAUCAUGACUGUGAAGUUUCUGUUUCAUUUGAAGAAAUGAAAUGGACAUCUGUGAUUCAAGCUCGGUGGCAUAAGGUGGUAAACAGCCAGUCACAGGCACAAAGCUUUUCAUUUCAUCAUACUUGGUCUCUUUAUUUAUUGUUUCUUGUUCUUCAUAUUAUCUGUGUUAGUGUUCCAUGUUAGAUGCACCACAAUGCUGAAGAAAAUAUGACUGACAUUUUCACAAUUGAAAUUCAUAUUCGCAUUGAAGGUGAUACAUUUCUAAAAUAUUAUUGUCAGAAACACAAAAAAGGGGCAGCAUGAGUUAGGUGAGAAAUGUGUCAAAUGACUUUGUUGAGUGUUUGGUCUUCGAAGUAUGUGACCUCAAUAACGUCUAGUCAUUGUUUGCUGCCCUUUUGAGGUGAUGAAAUUACAGGACAGGAGACAAAAGGGUUGGUAAUUCUUUACCAGGGUGUGGUGGUUAUGGUACUCUGGUGAGCUACUAACACCAAAUGGCUCGUAGUAUCGAAGUGAAACUACCUAUGCUAUUACUACACUUUGAUAUAUUAAUAGGCUGAAACACUGUUAAAACUGGCAGGUAUUCCUAGUUGAUGCUGUGAUGUCUAUCACAUAUUCAACAUAUAUGUACAGUAUAAUACUGAUUUGUUUUUAUUUGGCUCACUUUUAUAACUAAUAUGAUUGUGAAUUUGAUGCUUUCAUUAAAAGGUAACUAUUGUGUUACUGAAUUGGUUGAUCCCAUCAUUGCUGUCAAAAGGUACUUCAGCAAACAUGUGCUUCAGUACCAUUAGUAAGCAGGGGAAGUUGAGGGGAAGUCUUGAUGGGCUGACAUAUCAAGUGUUUCUUCUAAGAAUUGCUUGACUUCUAAGAAUAUUCUUUACUUCAAAUUUUUUUUUAUUGAUUAGUGUAGAUUAGUGCCAGUGUGAAUAACAAGAUGUUUCACUGCUGUCUCACUGAAAGGCUCACCAGCAGUGUUAUUCCUUGUCAUUAGGUAUUAGCCAAACAUAUCAGAAUAACCUCCCGCACAGCCAUGUCAACCAAUGAGGUGGUUUCUGCAAAGAAAGGUCUCAGAAAGGAAUACAGUGUGUCCUUCUCCACCCAUAUACUGUGUAUUAGAUGACUCAAACAAUAAAGUGUCAGCUGGUGGGAUAUUGAUACUGCCAAAGUACAGUGUGGC